CACACGGAUGGUGGGUACAGGCCCUGCAAGCAUAAGGCUGAACCGCCGUGGACUGAUGAGCUGGCUGCUUUUGGGGAGUGGCCAAGGUGGGAAUGGAUUGUUGAGGAGAUCAAAGAGGCUCAAGAAAAGGGCUGCAAGUGUUUCCGUUGCGAAGAGCCCUAUGAUCGUAGAAGACUGAUUUCGACUUGGGUCACAGUCUGACCCUUUUUGUUAGUUUAACAGUAUUCCAGUACUGAGCACACCGUCGAGGAUUCCAAAUCCUCACUAUCGAUUAUGUAUGC